AUGGAGGCCGACUCAGACAAAGGGAAGUUGCCGAGCCAACCUAAGGAAGCCCAAGCCAUAACGUUGUUGAGAAGCGGGAAAGUGGUGGACAAUCACGUGGAAAUGCCGAAACUUGAUGAACCGAAGCCGACCAACCAGCCCGUGGAAACAAACGAGAGUGCAGAGAGGAGCACAGAGACCAAUUCGAGGAAACAGAUAGACGGUUCGAAGAUACACAAGUCACCAAAUCCCUUCAGACCAAGUAUUCCUUUUUCGGACCGACUCAGGAACGAGAAGCAAAAAAAGCAGUUCCGAGAUCUUUUCAGCAUGCUCUCCAAAGUGAAUGUCAACUUGCCGCUCCUCGACGUGAUUAAGAAUAUGCCAUCAUAUGGUAAGUUCUUCAAGGACUUGGUGACCAAGAAGAGGAAGUUUGAGGAUGGAGAGAAGGUGGUGGUGUACGAGGCUGCGAGGGCCAUGCAGCACGACUUGCCCAAGAAAGAACGUGACCCCGGUGGUUUCAUUAUCCAGAUAGCAUUGGAAAAUGGGAAGGUAGCUUCGGGGAUGCUGGACCUCGGAGCCGAAAUAAAUCUCAUGCCCUUCUCGAUUUUUCAGAGGCUCGGCCUUGGGGAUUUGAGGCCAACUCGAAUGUGCCUCCAGUUAGCAGACCGUUCCAUCAGGUACCCGAAGGGAAUAGUCGAGGAUGUGCUCGUGAGGGUAGGUAAGCUUAUCAUUCCAGUGGAUUCCGUGGUUCUAGACGUUGGGGAUGUGCACGAGAACGGGAAGGAUCACACAAUCCUUCUCGGGAGACCUUUCAUGGCGACAACUAACACGCUCAUCGAUGUGAAGAACGGUACUCUGAAUAUGACAGUUUUGGGGGAGACGGUGUCUAUUUCUGUCCGAGAGGCAAUGUCCUCAUCCUCAGUCAAUUUUGUAGAGGAAUGUUCUUUCAUUGACCUUCCUAACCCUUUUAUUGAUGAGAUGGUAUGCCGGGAGUUCGAGGAAGUAUCGUUGCCGGCCUUCGAGGAAGAGGAAGGGCCUACAGUAGAGCUUUUUGAAGUAGGAGAAAGUCAUUCCCGAACCGAGACCAUACUUGAGCUUAAGGAGCUGCCCAAGCAUCUUAAGUAUGUCUUCUUAGACGAUGCCCAGCAGAAAUCGGUGAUAAUCUUUGCUGAGCUUGACAGUGAAGAAGAAGAAGAGCUGGUAGCCAUGCUUCGAAAGAAUCAGAAAGCAAUAGGGUGGAGCCUGGGAGACAUAAAGGGGAUCAGUCCAUCUACUUGCAUGCACCGGAUUUUCUUGGAGGAGGGAGCCAAGCCGUUUCGGGAUGGCCAUGAGUGGGUUAGCCCUAUUCAUGUGGUGCCGAAGAAGGGAGGCAUAACCGUGAUCGAGAAUGACAAGAAGGAGUCGGUUCCCACCCGCAUUACUACCGGGUGGCGCAUGUGCAUUGACUAUAGGCGACUGAACGCUGUGACAAAAAAAGACCAUUUCCCGUUGCCGUUUAUUGACCAGAUCCUUGACCGUCUGUCGGGCCAUUAG